GACCUUACUUUGUUGCCAGAGAAGGUAACUGCACAUCGAGUCAGCCUUCUUUCUUCUUUGCUCCAUUGACUCCUCAGAUUUCCUGCCGCUCACCUGGACGUGCACGACCAUGUCGGACAACGAGGAAGUGGUGGAGGAGUACGAGGAGAGAGCAAGAAGGGAACGAGGAAGACGAAAAGGCUGAGGAAGAGGCUGAACAGGAGGAAGACAAAUCUGCUGCAGAGGAGUCUGAUGAAGAACAAGGUGGAGAAGAAGAGGGAGAGGAGGGAGAAGAGGAGGCAAAACCAAAAUUCAAGCCUUUUAUCAUGCCAAACCUUAUCCCUCCCAAGAUCCCAGAUGGAGAGAAGGUGGAUUUUGAUGACAUACAUCGUAAGAGGAUGGAGAAGGACCUGAUGGAGCUUCAGACACUGAUUGAAGUCCACUUUGAAAGCAGAAAGAAGGAAGAAGAAGACAUCAUUAGUCUCAAAGAAAGAAUUGAGAAACGCCGUUCAGAGCGAGCAGAACAGCACAGGAUCCGCAGUGAGCGUGACAAAGAGCGUCAGAAGCGUCUUGAGGAUGAGAGAGCUCGUAAGGAGGAGGAGGAGGCUAAGAGGAGGGCAGAGGAGGAUGCAAAGAAGAAAAAAACCCUGACCAGCCUCCAUUUUGGUGGCUACAUGCAGAAGUUGAACGAGAAACGGAGUGGAAAGAGGCAGACAGAGAGAGAGAAAAAGAAGAAGAUCCUGAGUGAAAGACGCAAAUCUCUUGACAUUGUAAACUCUAGUCAGGAAAGACUGAAGGAGAAAGCUAAGGAGCUGUGGGAGUGGAUGUACCAGCUGGAGGCGGAGAAGUUUGAUCUGCAGUAUCAGUUUGCCAAGCAGAAAUACGAGAUUAAUGUGCUGAGAAACCGUGUGAGCGACCACCAGAAAACAUCCAAGAGGAGCAAGAGAGGCCUAAGGAAGUAGAAGAGCAAAGUGAGCAGCGUUAUCAUCCUCAAGAUCUAGCCUCAAACCAAGGCCUGGCUUUCAUGCCAGUGAUCCAACCUGUCUCCAACACCACCACCUCCUGGCAUUGAUUUCCUGUUUUUCCUGCCCCUUAUUCUUGACUUUAUUUUUUAUUUUUAUCUCUGUUACAUUUUAGUGGAGUAAGUAUA